GUUCUUCUUGAUUCUAUGACUUCCUAAACUGCCUCACCUUCAGUUCAGUACUAUAAAAAUAUUAAGACUGAACAGGAUCUAGACACGUUUUCUUAACUUAUAACUUAGCUAUUAUUUUAACUUCACUGUUGCUUCAUUUUACAUCUAACUGUUGCAUCUUUGUCUGCAAUUGGCUAAAUAAUUUCCUUUAAUUCCAAUUUAUGCUGGAAUUCACAAUAACUGAACCUCUAUACAUUACUCCUAAAUUCUGAAUACUGAAUUAUUUAAACCAAAAUGUCAUUUGUUCCCAGAUUCCAUUUAUCCAAUCUAGCUGGUUGAGUUAUUUUCUAAAGAUCUGUAGAGACUUUUCCUAAAAGACUUGCGGAAUGGUGUGCAUAUUUUUUUUUUCAAAUAUUAAAGUUUUAGGUUGUAGUUUGACAAAUUGUGAAAAGAGUACUAUUACAAGGUACUGUAAAGAAUAAGACUACAAUUAUUUACACAGACUUUAAACAUGUUACAGUAAAAGCAAGAACAAAUUUGUUAAAGCAUAAUAUUUAUUUAUUUAUCUCUCUAUCUAUCUAUCUAUUUGUGAGAGCUUUCUUUUAGUUUAAAUCCCAGUCUGCACUCUGCACACUGGGAAAUGUGUCACUCGACCUUCUAAAUGAAACAUACCAUCAGGUGGCGCAAAGGGAUAUGCGACGAAUUUUUAAUAUUAAAGUCAUUAAUGUAUUUACAUGGCGAAAGGGAAAGAGCAGCGUCAUGCUGGGAAAGGAGAUCACGUUCAACAACAGCGUUUUCGGGGUAAAUUUAAGUCAAAACGGCGAUAAUCAUCCGAUGUCAAGAUCCACAGCGCAGCCUGAGGAGGAAAAUAAUUGAUUAAUAAAGCACACGGACAGUGAUUUUUUUUUUUUUUUUUUUUUUUUUUGCGCUGAGUGCGUCCUAUAGGCUGGAGGCACUGAUUUGGCGUUGUGGUGAGAGAUUUUCCCAUUGCUCGACUUUCUGAAUUAUUCUCUUGAAGAUGGAGUUUGGGGAAAGGAAGAGGAGAAGAAAGUCGCAAAGCUUCAAACUGGUCACGGAUGAAGAUUUCGGCUCUUCAUAUGGGAUAAAUUCAAGCUGCAGAGAUGCCAAUGGUGAGAAUGGUGAGAGCAAGGAUGCUGCCGUGCCUCAAGUCUGGAUGGGCGGCGGRAGCAUGGAAAUUAAGAAACAGAUCACUGGAAUGAUGAGGCUCCUGGGUGACAAGACUGGCAGAGGCUUUCAGCGUUUGGGUGUCGAGCAGAACAGCUCAACAAAAGAGCCCCAGGAAAGCCAACUGAACUGUAUGCACUCACCUCCAGUUUUACCUGUUAUGUCAGAAGACCAAAGCUGGAGCUCUCCGGRAGACCCAGAGCCUCCAUCCUCAUCCGAAUCAACGUCGCUCCCUAAUGGUCAAGCCUGCAGCCAGUACAGUACCCGCUCCAGGGGGCUCAGGACUGUCAACACCACAAAGGAUUCAAUAAAACCCAGUGAAACAAAAGAUGAGCUCCGUCCUGCUGUGCCAGAAAUCCCCUGCUGCAUGUGUAACUGUAAAGGCACCUUGCAGGCGAUAUUGCACGAGCUUCGUGCAAUGAGGAGGCUGAUGCAGACUCAGAAAGGAACAUUUGAAAGGCGGGAACACRCUAAAUCAUCAUGCCAGCCUCAGGUCAGCCUGAGUUCUUCUCCACGCCGCAUCUCUCAGAAGAGAAGACCUAUUUAUAAGGUGACUCCACUGAGUCUCUGUGGAACCGGAAGAACGGCUCUUUUUUCUCCAGGGGGUUCGACUCUGAAAACUUCACCCCGAGAAGAUGCAAAGAAAAAGAAAUGUGAGAAACUCGGCUCAUCUAUGAUCUCCUGUGACGUUUCUGAGCCGCCAUCUAGGAAUGAUCAGAUAGCAGACUCUGGCACACACAGUCCUCUUCUGAAUGCACUCGGUGGACAUCAGGCAUUAGAGUCUGACGUUCGCCUUGCGGAGGAUUAUGAUGUGUUUAUCUCAAAGGCCCAGCUAGASUCCAUUUUGGUCAACUACACACGCUCUGGCAGCCUGCUGUUUCGGAAGCUGGUGUGUGCCUUCUUUGACGAUGCUACUUUGGCUAAUUCUCUGCCAAAUGGUAAAAGGAAGCGAGGGCUCAACGACAACCGUAAGGGCUUGGACCAGAACAUUGUGGGUGCUAUUAAAGUGUUUACAGARAAAUACUGCACUGAACACAGAAUAGAGAAGUUGCCUGGACCACGAGACUGGGUACAGAUCCUCCAAGAUCAGAUCAAACUUGCCAGAAGAAGGCUGAAACGAGGUUUUCUGUCAUUAAUCUUGUUUUUGGAAUGCAAAAUAAACGGCAAAUGGCCUGUACUUGUAGAGCACUGGAUCAAAUCCGGAGGACUCCAAAGCGYUUUAAGCUACAUUCAGUCACCCAUUCAGAAAGCAUGACAAAGUAUUUGCCCUCAUUUUCUUCUUUCAGGUAGACAGAGUAUUUCCAAAUAAGAGUGCUUAAU